UCUUUACAUUGCGAGGAGAAAGAUUGAUAGAUAUUGAGAGAGAAAGAACAAUUCAUAUGGCAACAGCGUCGUCCUCUUAUGACAGGGCAAAGCCAUUUUUGGCUGUGAUACUCUUGCAAUUUGGCUAUGCAGGCAUGUUCACAAUGACUAAGCAUGCACUGGAUGAAGGGAUGAGCCAACAUGUAUUGGUAGUCUACCGGCAUGCCGUUGCCACCAUUGUCAUUGCUCCAUUUGCCUUAGUUUUUGACAGGAAAGUAAGGCCAAAGAUGACCCUUUCCAUCUUUUUUAAGAUCAUGUUACUGGGCUUGUUGGAGCCAACGAUUGACCAGAACUUGUACUAUACCGGCAUGAAAUAUACCACGGCAACUUUUACUUCUGCUAUGUGCAACGUUCUUCCGGCUUUUGCAUUUUUGAUGGCUUGGGCCUUGAGGAUUGAGCAGGUUAACAUCAGGAAAAUGCAUAGCCAGGCAAAGAUAUUUGGGACCAUAGUCACAGUGGGAGGGGCUAUGCUUAUGACCCUAGUUAAAGGAACUCAGUUGGAUUUGCCGUGGACUAGAGGGUAUGAUCAACAAGCAUCUACUAGUGCACUAACCAAGCAGGAUCCUAUUAAGGGUGCUCUUAUGAUUGCCACUGGUUGCGUCUGUUGGGCUAGCUUCAUAAUUCUCCAGUCAAUAACAUUAAAAUCGUACCCAGUUGAGCUCUCCCUUACAGCUUGGAUAUGUUUCAUGGGAACUAUUGAAGGUUCCAUGGUAGCAGUUGUAAUGGAAAGAGGAAAUCCCUCGGCUUGGUCUGUAGGCUUGAAUUACAAACUAUUAGCUGCUGUUUACAGUGGCGUAAUCUGUUCCGGGAUUGGUUACUAUGUGCAAGGAUUGAUCAUGAAGCGUAAAGGACCUGUUUUUGUGACUGCCUUUAGUCCCUUAAGCAUGGUUAUCGUUGCAAUUUUGGGCUCCUUUUUCUUGAAAGAGAUAUUAUGCGUAGGAAGGGUUAUUGGAGCAGUUGUCAUUGUUACCGGCCUAUAUCUAGUGUUGUGGGGUAAAAGCAAGGAUCAACCUCCAUCCGACUCAAGCGAUGACAAAGCAGAAGCAAUUGUUACACAAACUGCUACCGAAAUGCAGGAGAGGACGGAUCCGGAGACUGUGGAUCAAGAAUUUGUUGCUAUUGAUAUUACCAAAGUAAGACGCACCGAUGAAUCGAUCUGAUUGAAGGGAUGCAAGUCUGAAAUGAUACUAUUUACUGCUUAUAAUUUCAUCGUCGUUGUACUUAUCUACCGAGUUCAAUCAAUGCAAUGUCUUGUGUUUGGUUUUUGUGAGAUCGAUAUCAGAACCAAAUAGUUUUAGCCAGAUUGAUGUUUCGACUAUGACUUAAUAGGGUAUCUAGGAAUUAAGAUAAUUAAGCACUUGGUGUAUCAUUUCUCCUUUUCGCCACUCGUUAGUGCUCACUUAGUGGAGGCAAUCGCAAAUUGCCCCACGCUCCUCCUUAACUAUAACGCUUACUGUGCUGAAUUAAGAAAUUCAAGCAGUGAAACAAUUGGAUCAUGACAUUCCUU